AUGUUGUUUCUUCCGCAGCCUGUGCAGCUGCUUGGGCUGCUCGCAGCCACGUUUCUGUCGUUGCCCCAGACGGCGCUGGCUGCUGGCCACGAGCAUGCGCUACCCGCGUACCACUACGGCGCCGCUAUCCCCGUCGAGUGCAUGAACCGCAGCUCUGAGAGCGGCGAGCACAUCGAGGAUUCCAUGACACACGAAAUCCAAUGGAUCCCCUUCCCCGUCUGCAAUGAGACCGGCAAGCCCCUCGAGUUCUACUACGGCAUUGAAGAGGAAAAGAACUGCACCAUCGCCAUGGUCGAUGACCCGUUCUUCCAUUUGCUCGAGUUCUACAUCCACAUGGACGCUCCCCUGUCCUGCCGUCUGCCUGCCCGCCCCGAGCCCCAUGUCCAAGUUGUCGGUGAUGAGCCGCCGCGGCGAGAAUAUAUCCCACUGGUCUUUGCUCUGGCUGGCAAGUUGCAGCUGAGCCACAUGCACAUUAGCACGCACAUGAACGUCCUUUUGCACAGCACUCCGAAGCAUCACAUUCAUAAACAUGACAGUGGUGUUCUUGACAGCGCGACUGCGUAUAGCACGAGUCCACUGGCACACGGGGAGGGUAGUUCCACAACGCGUUUGGUGAUUGGCGACCCUCUGCCGCUCAGUUUCAGCAUCAGGUGGUUUCCUACCCCGGCGCUGCCCAAGACUGAGGGCAAGGUCGAAUGGUCGGGCAUGGGAGGGCACUUUUAUGCGAGCACCAUAUUCUACAGCCUGGUCUCGUUUUGUGCUGGUGUAAUUGUUACAGCGGCGUACUUCUUUGGGUCUGUGCUGCCAAAGAGGCUCAGAGGGAGGAGGAACCUAGGAGGGGCUACGCCUCUGGGAUAUGGGCUUAAGAGCGUGGGCAAUGGCUGGGGAUACACAAAGAAAGCAAUCGACUAA